AUGUCAUCUGAACAUCAAGAAGCUGAUAUCGACUCGAUCGUUGACAGAUUGUUGGAAGUUAGGGGCUCGAGACCCGGAAAACAAGUUACAUUGUUGGAACAUGAAAUAAGAUACUUGUGUACGAAAGCACGAGAAAUUUUUAUUCAGCAACCAAUCCUAUUAGAAUUGGAAGCACCUAUCAAGAUUUGCGGUGAUAUUCACGGUCAAUAUUAUGAUUUAUUGAGACUUUUUGAAUAUGGUGGAUUUCCACCGGAGGCAAACUAUUUGUUUUUGGGUGAUUAUGUGGAUCGUGGUAAGCAAUCUUUAGAAACUAUUUGCUUGUUAUUGGCAUAUAAAAUCAAGUAUCCUGAAAACUUUUUUAUCUUAAGAGGAAACCACGAAUGUGCUUCGAUUAAUAGAAUAUACGGAUUUUAUGAUGAAUGCAAAAGAAGAUAUAAUAUCAAAUUAUGGAAAACGUUUACAGAUUGUUUCAACUGUUUGCCAAUUGCAGCUAUAAUCGAUGAAAAGAUCUUUACAAUGCAUGGAGGAUUGUCGCCAGAUUUAAAUUCCAUGGAACAAAUCAGAAGGGUAAUGAGACCCACUGACAUUCCUGAUGUUGGUUUAUUGUGCGACUUGCUAUGGUCAGAUCCUGACAAAGAUAUCACCGGCUGGUCAGAAAAUGAUAGAGGUGUGUCGUUUACUUUUGGGCCAGAUGUUGUUUCUAGGUUCCUUCAGAAACAUGAUAUGGAUUUGAUUUGUAGAGCCCACCAAGUUGUUGAAGAUGGUUACGAAUUUUUCUCGAAGAGACAAUUGGUGACCUUAUUUUCGGCGCCAAAUUAUUGUGGUGAAUUUGAUAACGCGGGCGCAAUGAUGAGUGUUGAUGAAAGUUUAUUAUGUUCAUUUCAAAUAUUAAAACCUGCUGAUAAAAAGCCUAGGUAUCCGCAACCAUCCAUUGGUAACAAUAGGCCGGUUACGCCUCCCAGGAAACCAAAGAGAGGUUCCAAAUAA